GGGAUGAUCAUGAAUUUUCACUGCACUGGACUGUGGAAAAUAGAAAUAAUGUCACUGUGUUUAUUCUCUUGGGACUAUCUCAAAACAAGAACAUUGAAAUCCUCUGCUUUACUUUAUUUUUAUUUUGCUACAUUGCUAUUUGGAUAGGAAACUUGCUCAUAAUGAUUUCUAUCACAUGCAGUCAGCUAAUUGAGCAACCCAUGUAUUUCUUCCUUAAUUAUCUCUCAAUCUCUGACCUUUGCUAUACGUCAACAGUGACACCCAAACUAAUGAUUGAUCUACUGGCAGAAAGGAAGACCAUUUCUUAUAAUCACUGCAUGACACAGCUUUUUAUUCUUCACUUCCUUGGAGGCAUUGAGAUCUUCAUCCUCACAGGGAUGGCCUAUGACCGCUACAUGGCCAUCUGCAAGCCCCUGCACUACACGGUCAUCAUGAGCAGGCAGAGGUGCAACACAAUCAUCCUGGCCUGUUGUACUGGAGGACUCAUACACUCUGCCAGUCAGUUUCUGCUCACCAUCUUUUUGCCCUUCUGUGGCCCCAAUGAGAUAGACCACUAUUUCUGUGAUGUGUAUCCUUUACUGAAAUUGGCUUGCACUGAUACAUACAGAAUUGGUCUCUUGGUAAUUGUUAAUUCAGGUCUGAUUGCUUUGGUGACUUUUGUGGUUCUGAUGGUGUCUUACUUUCUGAUACUGUACACCAUCAGGUCCCACCCUGUGGGGAGCCGCACCAAAGCUCUUUCCACCUGCAGCUCCCACGUCACGGUUGUGGUUCUCUUCUUUCUGCCUGUUCUCUUCACUUACAUCAGACCAGCCACCACUUUUCCAGAAGAUAAAGUGUUGGCUCUUUUCUACACCAUCAUUGCUCCCAUGCUCAACCCUCUGAUCUACACACUCAGGAACAUGGAGAUGAAGAAAACCAUGAAGAAAAUGUAUCAUCAGUUGUUUUUGGAAGGGAAGUAA